AGUAGCCGUUUUUGGCUCGAGAAGUGUUGGCUCAGGGCCAGUAGAGGCCGGCAGCAGGAGUUGGAACAACAGCAGCCAUGAUUAACGCACGCAAGAAGAUCGUGAAGGACAAGAGUGUGGCGCCGACGGAGCUGGAGGAGGAGGUUUCAUCAUGAAGAAAUGGGGCCCCGAGGGAAAGGGGUGUUGAGUUCCUUCCCGUUCUCGGCCGCCUGGGGCACUUUGAGCAGUGGGGCCGUCAAGAGCUGCUCGGGAUGGAACGCCGGUCCUGGGGACCCCCCGAAUCCGGGACCCGUUCCCUCAGUGCCCCUUGCCCUGUUGGCAAAGGUUGCCAAGGCGAUCCUAGACAUCGAAGUGUCCCCCUCGAGCGACAUCAAGGCGGAUCUCCGCGACGUCGUGAUCUCCGCCGCUAAGGAGGUGGAGGUGAAGAAUGGCAGGAGGGCUGUGAUUGUGUACUUCCCGUACAGGGUCUGGCAGUCGGUGCGCAAAAUCCAGGGCCGCCUCAUCCGUGAGCUGGAGAAGAAGUUCCAGAAGAAGCAGGUCGUCUUCGUGGCCAACCGCACCAUCCUGGACCUGAACUUCCGCCGCAGGGGCCUCAAGGUGAGGCCGAGGAGCCGGACGCUCACCGCGGUGCACGACUCCAUCCUGGAGGACGUCGUGGGCCCCACCGAGAUCGUCGGCAGGCGCACGCGCAUCACCGCGGACGGCACGAAGCUGAUGAAGAUCCGGCCGCGCCGCCGCGCGUAUCCGGACAAGGACAAGGCGGAGGUAGACACGAAGCUCGCGACCUUCUCCGCGGUCUACAAGAAGCUUACCAACAAGGAGGCGGUCUUCAUGUUCCCCGAGGACCACAUGCGGUCGGCUGGCGAGGUGGCCUUCGCGGACAUCUUGGAGGAGUGGGAUGGCCGAUCGAAGGGUGCCGGGAUCGUGGAGUUCAAGAACCAGGAGGGCGCGCAGAACGCAAUCGCCACCCUCAACGACUCGAAGCUUGGCGAGCGCCUGAUCUUCGUGAGGGAGGACAGGGAGAGCUCGCGCACCAAGGGCGGCUACAAGGGCGGCUUCAAAGGCGGCUGGAAGGGCGACUGGAAGGGCAAGGGCAAGGGCAAGGGCGGGCUGCGCGUCGGACCAGGCGACAAGGGCCGGCUCCUGUACGUGGGCAACCUGCCGUUCCGCACGUCUUGGCAGGACCUCAAGGACGUGUUCAAGGAGCACGGGCAGGUGAUCCGCGUCGACAUCGCGGAGGAUUGGGACGGCAGGUCGAAGGGCUACGCCACGGUGCUGUACGAGACCGAGGCUGAGGCUCAGAGCGCCAUCGAAAAUUUGCACGAGACGGAGUUCCAGGGUCGCAACAUGAUGGUUCGCCUGGACACCCACCUGUGA